AUGGCAGCCAACUUGGCUGCCUAAAUCCAGUGGGAACUGAGCAGUUCACAGCCCACAAUACUGCUGUCAUACAGCUGGCCCACCUCACCAACUAGCAACCCACUUGCCCAAUUGUCUAGGCCUCCUUCCAGCCACUUUCCAGCUGGUUUCCAGCCACUUUCCAGACAGGUGCAGCCAUUGUUGACUAGUCAAAUAGUCGUAAUAUCUAGCCAUGCCUAACUGUUUGACUAGUAAUGGUAUGAUUGUACAUAAUCUAUCUCAUGCUUUGGAAGUGGAUGCAAGCUUGGCGAGAUUGGAUGAAAGAUCACGCCACGUUUUGAUUAAUGAGGAGUCUGUAUGUGAUUCUUGUCAUGCUCGCCUUGGAACCAAACUAUUUGCUAUGUACCCCGAUGACACUAUUGUUUGCUACAAGUGCUUUCGCCGCAAAGGGGAAUCCACUUCAGUGACCGGUCGCAAUUUUAAGAAAGAUAGUCUGUAUAAGCCUGGUUGGUUGGUGACACGGUAACUGCAUUGUUCAAAUUGUGUGGUCGUCUUCCAUUUCCGCUGUUCUGUGUCUACAUCAAUAUGCUUCACAAUAUGCCGCAAAGGGCAAUCCACUGAUAGAAUAAUUCAGAGAGGAUGAGACGGUUCACAAUAUGCUUCUCUUGAGCAUUUGGUGUCCAAGCACACGCCAAGGUGAGGUCGCGUAUUUAUGUGUAUUAUACUGUAUUAAAAAUGACAGUCUGGCUGCCAAAUGUUUUGGGUACUUGGGCAAAACCUGAAAAGGAGUUAUUGUUUUGCAUUGGUUAGUGUUUCAGUGUUUUCCUCUUGAGUUUCAUUGUAGAAAUUCAUUGUGUUACAAUGAGAGCUUUUGUAUCUCUGGAUAUUGAAAUUAGUAUAGGUAUGGUGGAAGCUAUCUUUUGGAGUGAGAUUUUACCCCUCAGAUAAGAAAGAAUAUUUUGAGCUUCAUCAUGUGGAAAAUAAGUCCAAAGUAACAACUUGACUCUAGCAUGUAUGUAGCACGGAGUAGUAUGGGGUU